GGUUACAUCAGCACACAGAAAAGUGAAUAUAUGCCUCCAGGAGGGAGACUUGAUGUAAGGUUUGUGGCAGGCAGUGAAAACGUACGCCUGAAGACAAAAAAAGCUGUGUGGAAUACGUACUGGGAGGCACAGACAGAAAGCUCAACACAUUCUUGUCCCAUCUUGUCAAAUACCACCGCUUUGGCUGGAAAGCUUGAGAGAAACAACAUAAGAGCCAUCUACAGGAUGAAGAAGUGUGCUGCUGCUGCUGUUGUGUUGCUGGGUCUUCUCUCACUGGGACAGUCUGCUCCUCUGAGCAGCUGUGACAGUCUGGUCAAACCUAUAACUCUCAGUCGUGACGACAUGUUAGGAAAGUGGGUGUACAUCGGAGGGAGCUCUGACCUCCCAGGAAGCCGCUCCCUGGGCCGUCUGCUCAGUAGUGUCUGGCUGAACAUCACUGCAACCACCCAGAGCAACAUCCUCAAUAUCAUCCAGGCUCAGAGAACAUAUGGCAAAUGUUCCAGCCUUACAUAUAAUGUGACCUUUGAAAACAGCACAAUAAUAAUUGAGCAACCUUUUUACCUCAAGGAAGUCUAUCUGAAGACUGACUGCUCCGACUGUCUGGUUGUCUAUGAAGAAAUUAUCUCUGGCAAAGAGACAUUCACAACUCUUUUGCUUUUUAGCAGGAGACAGAGUGUCUCACCUGCUGAUGUGGAGAUGUUCAAGAAACAAGCAGAGUGUCUCCAAAUGCCAUCGCUCAUAAUGAUAGACACAAACUCAGAACUCUGCCCAGAAGACAGCUCACCAGCAGAGGGGAUCGGCACCUUCAACUUCUUUUUAGAGGCCAAGAUGGCACAUCGAGUCGCAAGACUCCUGGAUGCUUUUGUUGAUAUGUUUGUGAACUGAUUAAUAGAUUUCUCAUUUUGUAUCAGAAAGCAUGGAUUGUUUCCACCUGAAAUACAUAAUAAAUUGAGAAAAUGUUAAAAAAUUA